GGUGAGAUAAGGCUAUUCUGCUUUCUCUCCUCUCUAUAGUCGCACCACCUUCUGCGAGUCAGGACACUUGUAAUCAACACCACAUCAACUCCACCAGAAUGACAGUCUUACUUCGUGGAUCCGCCUUCAUCACAGGCGCAGCCUCCGGUAUUGGACAACAGACGGCCAUUGCCUUUGCCCAACAUGGAGUCACAAAGCUAGCAUUGGCCGACAUCAACCAAGACGCACUUUCUAUAUCUGCCGGAUCUUUGAAGAAACAGUUUCCCCAUGUCCAUAUUCUACCGGUGCAUCUCGAUGUUCGCGACUCCACGCAGGUCAAGGAAGGCAUUGCCAAGAUAAUCGGCGAGUUUGGUCGACUGGACAUUGCUGUGAACAACGCCGGUAUUAGUGGCAGUGGUCGAAAGACGCAUGAGCUGGAAGACGAUGAAUGGCUUGGAAUUCUCGAUGUGAAUUUGCAGGGUGUGUAUAGAUGUCAGAAAGAAGAGCUCGAUGUCAUGGUAAAUCAAGAAGAUUUGGGACCUCGGAUUGGCCGUGGAAGAAUCAUCAACGUGGGAAGUAUGUUUGCUGUUGUGGCACCAAACAACCAAGACCAUACUGCCUAUACAACUGCCAAGCAUGUCCGUUCAAGUACUGAUAGACUGCUAGGCAUCAUUGGCUUGACCAAGGCUGACGCAAACUCGUACGGGCCUUUAGGCAUCCGUAUCAAUGCCAUCUGUCCAGGCUAUGUCGAGACACCUCUAUUGACGAAUAUUAUGAGUCGUGGUCCUGCCUCACCACUCGCAGUGGACUUGUCAAGAACUCCUUUGAAGCGGCUCGCCACUAUGGAGGAGGUGGCAGAUGCCAUAGUCCUGUUGGCUUCUCCCAUGAAUAGUUACAUGCAAGGUGCCAGUAUGAUCUGUGACGGGGGGUUUACCAGUAACUAG